GAGACUUAUCAUUUCUUUCCUCCCGACUGCAAUCGUUGCGACCCUCAGUGAGGGGUUCAGAUUUUCCUCCAACAUGUGGAAAGAACUAAACCGUGUUCUUCUCCAGAUGGCCAUAUUUUGGACAUGUGCUUCAGCGAACAAGUGUGCUCCCGGGUGGCUCGAGCACGGCUCCAGCUGCUACAAGAAGGGGGGGACGCACACCGGUUGGCUGGGGGCCCGGCACCACUGCGUCUGGCAGGGCGGCGACCUGCUCUCCAUCACCUCCUCGGCCGAGGAGGACUUUGUCAAGGGCAUCAUGGGCAACACCCGCUUCUGGCUGGGACUCUCCAACCAGAAAUGCGACAACAUCUUGUGUGACUUCGAAGGCGGGAGCCAGAAGCUGACCUGGUCCGAUGGCGAGACAACGACAUACACCAACUGGGCCUCAGACCAAUUUAAAAGCUCUUGUUCUCCUUCCUUUCAUCAAGAUCAUACAGUUUACGAAGCAGUUUGGGUGGGAGAAAAGAAGAAGUGCAACAACUACGAGAGGACUGAUGGAACACCUUUUUUUAACUACCCAGAAAUUAACACCUACUACUCCAAUGGUGACUGUUCAUAUUUGUCAACCAGCGCAACCCUGUACAGAAACGUUCCUUGCCACAAGACAUUCGCUGUGGUCUGCAAAACAGCCAAGCGCGGAGGGCCUCCACAGCUGCCACCAUUAGUCGGCCAGCCGGAAUGGACUCAGAAAUGCGGCUGGUGGCUGAACAACCCAACCAACGACUUCUGCUACCUGAUGAUCCGCCAGCCCACCGAGACCUGGCAGGAGGCGCAAGCCAACUGCCAACACCUCCACGGGAACCUGCUCAGCAUCACCGACCGCGAGGAGCAGAUCUUUGUGCAUGGUAGGCGGCCAUGAAUUGAAAUAUUGGCCAUGAACAAGUUGUU